UUCUUCCCACAGCCAGUUAGCAAACAGACAGCUACAGAUCUGAGGCUACAUGAGGACGCUGUUCAUUUGUCCUUCCUUCUUGACACUGGUGUCUAAAAUACGUUUUGCUGCCGAUACAUCCAAAGAGGUUAGCUUGUGUGGCGGUACUCCAGCCUGUUUCUUCAAACUGGGAGCGUGCCAACCCAAUCUACUGCAGCUAAUACACUGAUUAUAGUCAGACAAACGCUUGAGAAGCAGCAACGUCUGUCAGAAGGUGACCUCACCCGGACGACUUUAAAAGGGAACCGCAAUGACAACAGCUCAAGAUCUUUGGAAAACUCUGCAGGAACUGACAGACGAACAAUUUAAGGAGUUCAAGUGGUUCCUGAAGCAGAAUGACAACCUUACAGGUUUCUCAGCCAUCUCAGCGGCCCCACUGCAAAGGGCAGACAGGCAAGACACGGUGGAUUUGAUGGUGCAAAAAUAUCAAGGUCCUGGAGCCCUCAAGAUAACCAAGAAGAUUUUAGAGAAGAUCAGCAGGAAUGAUCUAAUGGAGUGUUUGUCACAGACUAGCUCAAGACCCAAAGACCUCAAGAACUGCGAUUCGGUUCCUCUCAGCUGUGAUUAUGAAAGGACGAAGGCCAAGCUGGUGAAGACAAAGGCUGAAAUUAAGCUGAUGAUCCUGGAGAGACAGAAGAAGAUCUCUGAAAUCAAAAGCUCAGCAGAGCUCAGCAGUAAAUCUGCAGACAGACACAUCGCAGAUAGUGUGCAGGUGUUUACUGUUUUGAAGCAGUCUGUUGAGAGAAGUCUAGCUGAUCUUAUCAAGGCAAUUAAAGAAAAGCAAGAAACAACACAGAAACAGGCCCAAGGAUUCAUCCAAGAGCUGAAACAGGAAAUAUCUGAGCUGACAAAGAGAGCUGCCGAGAUUGAGCAGCUCUCUGAAGACCAACCGAACUUCCUGCAAAGCUUCUCGUCCCUGAAUACGGUUCCAAGCACCAAGAACUGGACAGAAGUCAGUGUAACUACACCAUCAUAUGGGCGAAGUGUGGGGACAGCCCUGACUCAGCUGGAGGAAUUAUUUGGGAAAGAAAAGGGGAAAUUAAUUGCUAAGGCCCAGCUGACGAGGGCCCAGCAGUACGCUAAGGAUGUGACUCUAGAUCCAGAUACAGCAAAUGCCAGCCUCUUUCUGUCUGGUGAUGGGAAACAAGUCUACUGUGGUGAGGUAAAACAAAACCUCCCAGACAACCCAGAAAGAUUUAAUCCUUCAAUAAAUGUCUUAGGAAAGCAGAGUUUCUCUUCAGGAAGAUUUUACUACGAGGUUCAGGUUAAAGGAAAGACUUCCUGGGAUUUAGGUGUCGUUAAAGAGUCGAUCAACAGGAAGCAGUCGAUCAAGGCAUGUCCCGAGAAUGGCUAUUGGACUAUUUGUCUACGGGAAGGAAAUAAGUACAAGGCUUCUGCUCUCUGUCUCAGUGUAAAAAAUCGAAAUCUAAAUAAGGUGGGCGUGUUCGUGGACUACGAGAAUGGUUCAGUCGUCUUUUUUGACGUAGAUUCUGCUGAGCUUAUCCACUUCUUCAAAGACUGUUCGUUCACAGAGAAACUCUACCCAUUCUUCAGUCCCGGUUGUCAUUAUAAUGAUAAAAACUCCACCGCUCUCAUCAUCUCUCCUGUCAACUACACAGAUUAGAUUUUAUCAAUCCUCCUGCAAGUCUGGACUCUGGUCAGGACCGGCACAGACGGCAAGUCAAUCUGGACCCAGCCCACAGCAUGUAUUAGGAAUGUAAUAAUACAAUGUAAUGAAGCGUAUGUUUCCUACUUUGAAAGAAAAUGUUUUAUACUGAUCAAUGUAUUCUAAAUUUUACAGAAUAUAGUCUAUUUGGAGAUUGUUACAGCGAUCUUGGCCUUAAAAGUAACCAUUUCCCUAUUUAAAAUCGUUGUCAUGGCAACGUUUACAGCCGGCAAGCGACAUUUCAGUCAUUAUGUAUCAGAUUUCAGCUAACAGCAAGCUAGUUAACGGCUAAAAAGCAUUCAUGUUCUGUGCUGUGGGCAAAAGAAAGUGAGACUUCGGCGUCUACUGUCAGUGUACAAAACGUCACCAAUGCCAUGAGGAUGUCACCAUCCAAAUGUGCAAAUAAAAGAAAAACACGUCCAAGAAAACCGAGUUUUCAAAGAAGAGCGGAAACAGAAAAAUGCGUUUAUUUUAGCCUAUGUGUUUGGUUUGCAGAGUAGUAGUAAACGCCACUACGACACAAUGCACAGAAAUUAUGAACACCAAUAUCCUCAGAAUACACAGGUGAGGACAGCAAAACUUUUGACAGUUAAAAUCUGACAAGAGAUGUCAGAAAUUUUGUUAUAAGCAAGUUUGAUAAAAGUCAUUUUCUCAACAAUCUUUCUGGACAUUUGGCAGAUUAGAAAUCAGAUUCAGACUUUUGAAAAUUAAGUUUGAAAACCCGUUCUGGAGUUUUAGACACUGACCAAACAAUGCCUGUAGGUGGCCCCCUAUAACCACUGAGUUUUAUCAAGUCUCUCUCGAGGCCUAUAUUGCUUGUCUCAAUGUGAUUACCUGUCUAAAUAAUCUUGUAAUCUUGGCAGUCUUGCAACCCCAUAACUUUAGUCAGACAACGAUAAAGCCUCAAGGGCUGAGAGCCAAUAUUUCAGGCUAAUCCAGUGGAGCCAGCAGAUAUCUGAAGACUUUCUCUUAUGUGUGCUGGUCAUUUCAUAUAAUUACAUGUUCAUAUCAUCAUAUAUAUGCAGAUCAUUUUUAAAAAGCUAAUGAAAAGCUAACUUGUUGUCAGAUUAUGGCAAUUCACCUAAAAUGCAAAUGUGAUUGGUCUAUAAUAGACUACAAACUGACUACAAGUGGAAACCAGAACACUUUUGAUGCCAAGAUCUUCUGCAUAAAUUUGCAGAAUCUGUUCAUAGAGAUUAAAAUAAAGAUUAAAUAAAGUACUUGGUGCGAGCUAGCCAGGGCUUAAAACGAACAGCAAGUUGUAGUCUUGGUAAAGAUAGAAAAUAUAUUAUAUGUAUGUAUAACUAUAACCUAGCCGUUGACAAACUAAACUGAGCAACUACAACAGAGCACAUCUCCUCGCUGUUAUCAAUGAAAGGAAAGCUAGUUAGCUGUUAGCUGCCAGUGCACAGCAGAGCUCUGUGCUGCGUUUGGUUGACAAAGCUAACCAAGCUAAACAAGACUUAGACUUUCUAUUCAUGAGAGCAUGAAAGGUUUAUAAUUAUGAUUUUUGCCUUUUUAUUUUGUUAAUUUAUUUUUGUAAAUUGCUGUUUUGCUUGAUUUUUUUAAUGUAUGGAUACAAUGUUGCUUGUUUUAUUAUUUGUCUCUUGUUAAGUGUUCUUGACUGCUUUGAAAGGUGCACACGAAUAAAAUGGAUAAUUAUUGUUAAACAAA